AUGGCAUCAAAGAGUCAACAAACGGACACUAAAGAAGCAAGGGCGAAUGCUGAGUUGAACCCACCUCAAACGAGGCGAGUUCCAUCUCUUAGAACAGCCAUAGCAGAUGCAGCGGACACUCCCCCUAAAAUAUUGACAAACACCAGACCCCAAGCAUCAUCCAUACAGCAACCAGCACAGCCAAAUCAGCUGUCAAAUGUUCCUACACGAAACACAAGCGUCUCUUUUAAUCACACAGAGUCUCAAGAGCGCUUGCGUAGGUUUACGAUUUCGUCUCAACCAUCAUCCACAAAUGUAGCCCAGCAGGAUAAUAACCCGGAUGCACCAAUUCAGCUGUCCUCCAACACCCCGUCUAGACAAACAUCGUUAAACAGGAAGAAGGCAAACAAUGAUGGCCUUUCUUUUAACGUCAAGCCACCUGCAGUUUCUCGGGAACCAACAGCGGGAUAUAAUGAAAAUGUCCCAGCUCGGUUUAAUACACCUAGCCCUACUCACAUAGAAAACUUUGCACCUGCGUCCACUCUAUCACCAAAUUCAAACUCCGCAGUGCCAAUAAAGAUUACCGGAAGUGGAAGUAACAAUUCAUCGAGAAGAAAUUCCCUCAAAAAGGCGGGCAAGACGAUAGUGGCUUCUCCAGUUGGUCCUCCCGUUCCUUUUCAGGAAUAUCUUUCCAAGGAAGACGAUGGCAAGUUUCAUAUCUUGUUGGCAUGUACUGGUUCUGUUGCUACAAUUAAAAUACCCUUGAUCAUUGACAAGUUGUUUCAAUUAUUUGGCGUUUCCAAGAUUUCCAUUCAGUUGAUCGUGACAAAAGCAGCCAGCCACUUUCUUAAAGGUUCCAAGAUCAAUGCCGAUGUUAAAAUUUGGAGAGAUGAAGAUGAGUGGGCAAACUACAAUGAAGCUACAACCAUCAGCUCAACACAAAACCAGUCUUCAAAACCCAAGAGUCCGUUUGACAAAUUGAUUCUCCACAAUGAAUUGCGGAAAUGGGCAGAUAUCAUGUUAGUUGCGCCGUUGUCAGCAAACACAUUGGCAAAGAUUUCCAAUGGUAUUGCCGAUAAUUUGUUAACUUCCAUCAUCAGAUCUUGGUCACCAUCAACAUCUCAGCAAGUCAAGAAGCCAAUUAUUGUUGCACCUGCAAUGAAUACUUUUAUGUACACGCAUCCCAUGACCGCGAAGCAAAUAGCCACUAUCAUGUCACCCGAUUUUGGUAUUGAGGUGUUGAAGCCAGUUGAGAAAGUGUUGGUGUGUGGUGACAUUGGAAUGGGAGGAAUGAGAGAUUGGGUGGAUGUGGUGGAUAUAUUGAGACGAAGGAUAUUAGCAAUUGAAGCUGAAAAUAAGGAAAUUAAUGACAGAGGAGCGGCAAUAGUUGAGGAAGGCGAGGAAGAGGAACCAGAAAAUGACGACGAGGACGAUGAAGAAGAAGAUGAGGAUGAUGAAGAAGACGAGGACGAUGAAGAAGAUGAAGAAGAAGACGAAGACGACGAUGAAGAAGAAGAUGAGGAUGAUAAUGGUGAUGGCCAUGACAUCACUCAGACAAAACUGGCCACGUCUUUCUCGCCUAAAGCUCAGCCUGAUCACGAGGAACUCGAAUUAAGUCAUGACGAAGAUGGCAACGAGGAAAUGAUCUUCGAAAUAACGGACCAAGACGAUAGCGAGGAUGAGAACGAGUCUCAUGGUGGAUCGAAUUUGUCACCCACCUCCUCACAACGUCACCAAAAAAUCACUAUACCUAAGGAAACACAAAACAUUAUUUAA